GAUGCCUUGCAUUGCCUCCUCCAAGCUCUUUGAAAAGCCAUGAGACCCACUGAAAUCUGUAUCCCUCUUUUAUGAGUUGAUGUCUUUUGACUUUAUUCCUUUUGAUGAGCCAUAGAUGACUCUGCAUCAGAAUUUUCUGAUUCACCUCCAACUCUGUCUAUUCCUUUAAAUACAAUAACAAACUCUACCCUUUCCUCCACCAUUAAAAGCCACUCCUCUUCCACAAUUCUUGCACUGGAAGACAUCUCAGAGCACUAGUCUCAGGCCAAGAGAGUGAAGGAGAUUGUCAGAUUGAGUUGGGAUAGAGAGCAGGUUGUAAUACUACUUGUCUAACAAUGAAGAACCCGGUUCCUGAUCAUGUCAUUGGAAUUCCAGUCAGCUCGAUUACAUAUGCGCUUAUUGGAUCAGCAGAGGCAAAGAAGCUUUGUUCUGGACCUGAAACAGUUAGCCCCUACCUUCUUUCCUCUCCUUCAGAUGGGUCUCAUAGAUCCAAACAAAAAAGAGUAGAUUCACUGAUCGAAUGGAUGAACAAAUUCGGCAAGAAAGCCGACAGUUUUGCGCACGGAGUCCGCGAGCAUGUGAGGUUGGGGUCCAAGGUAACUGAAACUGUGAAAGGGAAGUUAAGCUUGGGAGCCAGAAUUCUUCAAGGAGGUGGGGUGGAAAGGGUAUUCAAACAGAUUUUCAGAGUAAGAGAAGGAGAGAAACUGUUGAGAGCCUCACAGUGCUAUUUGUCAACAACAGCUGGUCCUAUUGCAGGUCUCCUCUUUAUCUCCACUGAAAUGGUUGCCUUCUGCAGUGAGAGAUCCCUCGCAUUCUCUUCUCCAACUGGAGAAUUGGUCAGAGCACCUUACAAGGUCUCGAUUCCACUGAGGAAGAUAAAGAGAGCCAACCAAAGUGAAAAUGUGAACAGGCCAACACAGAAGUACAUAGAAAUAGUUACAGUGGACAAUUUUGAUUUCUGGUUUAUGGGAUUUCUAAACUAUCAGAAAUCAUUCAAGUAUCUUCAGCUGGCCAUCUCUCAAUCUUAGUCGAGUUACUAGCUCCCUCUCUGAAGUGGUUUUACUUAUAAGGGAAAGCAAAUUUUCCCUUGGCUUCAUUAUAUGCCUUUAUAUGGGAACACAUUUUUGUAUAAAAUUUUCCAUAAUUAAUGUGAUGUCUGUCCAUUUUUUUUUUCUAGUUGUGUCCAUACAUGUAUGUAUAAUUUGUCAAGAGUGAUACUUGUUUUGGAUAUGUCAUCAGCUCUCGCAGUGUUAGAAUUUGUUCAUUCUCAGCUUAGCUCAACAAAGCCCAAUUUCAACGA